UGAUCGAUACGCAAUCGUUCUGCCGAGUAUCUCCGAAGUUAGCCGAGAGAGUCGAAGAUAACCGAACAGCCACGAAGUUGGCCGAGUUACAGUGAGCAAACGACGCGUACCGAAGAACGCGGGGUCUUCUCCGGCUUGGAUUGAAACAGCGUUCGCGUCUACGGGCGCGGUUUUGCGUCUCGAGCUGGCGUUUUACACGGUAAAAUGUCCUCCCUCGACUAUCUGGACCUGUGUCGAUUAUGCCUUGUGAAGGAUCGUGUUUCGGUGCCAAUUUUCGAGGGUGAGGGAGACGUACGACAAAUAUUUCUCAAGAUCGCCGCUUGCCUACCGGUCAAGCUUACAAGAGAAGAUAAGUUACCCAAAAAAAUAUGCGAUGAUUGUGUGUAUAAAGUAGAAUUAUUUUAUCAAUUUUGGAAUACUACUGCGAACGCAGAGAAACAACUAUUACAAUGGCUGGGAGAAGUCAGUUUAGAAGACAAACAGGGUUAUGUUACCAAUGUUCUCAAUACGAAUGUAAUGAAACAAGAACAGAAUUCAGAGAACAGGUUAGAUGGCAAUGUGAUGCAGCAAGUGGGAGAGCAUCAAAACAAUAUGGGGAUGGCUAUGAUGGACAACAUGGGUUUGGGUAUACCCAUGAUGAUAUCAAGUGCUAAUCAACAACAAAUCACCUCAGUUCCUAUGGACACAAGCAAUAAUACUGUACAAACCGUUCAGGCAGUACCUGGUCCAAGUUCACAAACCACACAUAACCAAAUACCGCAGAAUCAAACAAGCACUACGCAACAAGAAGAUGAAGAGGAAAGUAGUGAAGAUGAUGAAAACUCUGAUGAAGAUUGCGACGGAGAUGAAGGUCUACCUGUAAAAGAAGAAAGUGAAGAGGAUCCCAGCAAUAGAACCAUAGAGCCCACAACCUUUGUAAAUGUUUCCCUGGCUUGCGACGAGGCAGGUCCUUCUGGGCUACAGCAACAAAAAAUAUCAGAUAUGCCUGAGAUGCCUAUUCCACAACCAACUGACGGGGAUCCCAAAUCUGGGAGGUCUACGAUCGCAGAAACGUCCCUGGGCCAGGGUAGAAAUGAUCGAGUGCAGUUCCAAGUUACUGUUCCAGCUUCCAGUCCCACGAUACAGAAUUCCAUGUCCUUGAAAGAUGAAAUAUAUCACGACGAGAACAGUCAGACGACAGUUAGAGACAUUGAAGACGAAGUUAACAAUAGUAGUUCCACUUUAGGAAGAGGAGUAGUUGAUGAUUCGAUCGUGGACACGGUGAAAACUGUUUUGGUGCCUGUUAGAAAUCCAGUGACGAAGGAAAUUAAGAAUAUAUUGGUACCUGUUGAAGUAAGGGACGAGUCUGGAUUAAACAUAAUCAAAAGUGUAUUAAUUCCUUUUUCAGCAGAGGAUGGAUCGAUGUCUUACGAAAUUAAAAAGGUCAUGGUACCUAUCAAGUCGGAAUUGAGUUUAUCGCCAAAAAAGAAAACUGAGAAAAAGACUUUAUUAACAAAUAAAACUAGAAGGAAGCAGGUGAAUUGUAAAAAAAAAGAGAAGAAAAAAAACGAAGAGAAACAGGAGACGUCAUUGGAAAAAAGGACGAGGAGCCCAGAAAGGAAAAAGGAGCCCAGGAAGAAACAAAAGAAAAAGAAAGUAGAAAAGAAAACAGAGAAAGUAUUAGAGUUAGAACUGGACAGUAUAUCGACAGAUGUAUCCAAGGAAGAAGUGGAUCAAAUAUUGGACACUUUAAAGAACAUUUGCCCAUUCUGUCAGAAGUGUUUCAGAGACGAGGACCAAAUGCAAAAGCACGUCCUCAAGACACAUAAGAAACCAUAUAGCUGCGACAAGUGUCAUAAAGGCUACUUCUCCGACUUUGCUCUAGAAGAACACCAGAAAACACACGAUGUGGUUCCGUUUUAUCAGUGUUCCAUCUGUCAGAUGCAGUACAAAACCGCGACAGGAUUAAAGAAUCAUCAGACCCGUGAACAUAGUGACAUAGAUCCCAAAUUUACGUGUUAUUACUGUGAGAAGCGAUUCAAAUUAAAAUUAGACCUAAACCUUCACAUCCACAGAUCGCACAUGAACAUAACUAACAUUUGCAGAUUCUGUGGCAUGGCAGUGAAGAAUAUCGUGCAUCACGAACUAAAACACGAAAAGAACAAGAAAACCAGUUAUCUGCAUCAUUGCAGUAUCUGUUCUAGGAAAUUCAAAGCGUGGAACAGCUUGGAGAAUCAUUUAUUAAUGAAGCACAAAGCUCCUAAGGAAGGAUUGGACAUGUUAAGGACGCUGUGUGAAAAGAAAUUUCAAUCCAGAAAUGAUUUUUAUCGUCAUGUGCUUAACCAAUCGGAGGCCAAGCAGCACAAGUGUGUCAUUUGCGACAAAACAUUUGCUUCUGAGUAUAAUCUUCGUAAUCACGUCGCUCUACACUCGCAUACUUACCUGUGUUCCCACUGUGGCAAGAAUUUUACCACCAACUACUCGUUGAAGCUGCAUCUUCGAAAACACACUGGAGAACGGCCGUAUCAGUGUAAAAUAUGUUUAAAGACAUUUGCCAGAUCAACCUCGCUUAAACUACAUACUUUAACUCACACUGGUGAAAGACCAUAUGUGUGUGAUUUAUGUAGUCAAAGUUUCACUCAGAGAGGAAGCAUGAUGACGCAUCGUCGUAAGCAUCCUGGAAGUCAUCUGCCGCCUCCUCCUUUGAUACUAAAUAAACUCGAAAAUAACGAACAUUAAUUUUUGUUAAGAUGUCAGAUAUUAUGCAGAUUAAAAUACUGAAAAAUACAAUUUUGUACAAUACUUGAUGUAAAGUUGAUGGUGGAAUUUUGGGAUACAAAUACUUUUUGAUAAAAGGUGGAAUUAUGAAAGAAUAGCCAAGAUUAAUUUCUUUUUUUUUCAGAAUCUAGGAACGAUGCUCGCUUAAAUUCUAAUAAAUUGGAUGUUUUCGUUGCAAGUCUUGGGAAAUAAGCACUUUGUUUUCUGUUUAUUGUUUGUUGCCUGUUUAUUGAAAAGCAUAUUCGAUCGCGAUCAACUUACAAGAUAAGCUAUCGUCUAUGUUGGCAAUGAAAAAUACAGUGAACAAAAAUAGAUCUAAUUUAUUCCAAUUGCCAAUAACAUUUUUUUUAAAUAUUUUUAUGAAUUUUAUAGUUUUAAUAUAAUGUUAAUAUAUUCUUUUGUUUCUUGUUAAAAUAUCUAUGUGAAACACGAGACGAGUCUCUAGAUAUUGACUAACGGGAAGCGGUAUAUCUCACUUGAAUUUAAGUGCAAUAAUUAUACUAGAAUUUAAGCAAGCAUUAUUAUAUUCAUAUUUUAUUUCAUCCGAUUGCAUUACACUUCAAAGUUCAUUAUUUCUUUUAUCACUUAGAUAAUCGUGUUCAUAAAGUGUCAUCUCCAUUCUUCAUUUUUUAAUGAAUCUUGUUCACUUAAAACUUAUCGCAGUUUUACAGUGAAGUAAAAAAGUUAUUUCUCAAGGUGUUUUCGAUUCGAUGAUUUUCAGAAAAAAGUUUCUACUAUGCGUAUUGAUCCUAUACGUGUUAAUCCUUCUGUUAUCAAAAAGUGCGUAAGACAAACUUCAACGUGACUGUUUUUUUUUAUCAGACGAAAUGUCAAUUUGAUGAUUCGACUUAAUGUCGAUUUGACUUAAUGAUGUAUAUAGUUCAUCGUAAAGAGGAUAAAUACUGUAAAAUAAAAGAGUAAAUAGGAAAUGUAAAAAAUCAGAUCGUUAGAAAGUACAAUACUUACGAAGAAAGGACGAAGAGAGCAAAUAGAAGAGCAAAAUGACGCAUUGUUAAGCAUUCAUUUGUAAGUUCUACCGUGAUUGUAAGAAUGGAUAAAGAAUGAGCUUUACCUAUCCAAUUUAGAUGUUUUUGAGAAAUUAUGAAAUUUUGUUGAUUUAAAAUACGACGAACUGCAGGUUCACAUUAAUUUCAUUAUUAACAUUCGAGGCGUUUAUUGUUUGUACUGGAUCAUUUGUUCCUUUAAUUAAAUCCUUUUUAAUAAUUGUUAAA